UUCGCAUUGAUAGUAGCAACCUGGCGCGAGCACGAGGACUGUGCUGUCGAUGCUGUUGGCGUUUCGAAAAUGCAUUAUUCGACGACGUCGUUCGCCAGAAAUCUCUACUGCUAAAACCAAACGCUUUACGAAGGACAAGACACCUCGACGCACCGGCGAGGUAAGUGGUUGGAGAUUAAUUCAUAUUGAAGCGAAUCAAUUGUUCAUCGCAAUCAGGAAAGUAUGUGGUUGAUCCACUUUUGUUCUGUACUGACCAACUUGAGGAAGGAAACGAACGGUUUAUUAUGCCAUCAAAUAUUUCAACUAAGGAAUAUCGACCGUUUUGUAUUGAUCAUUAGCGAUAAAUUCACUCUUUCAAGUUUGGAGCGCUUGAAAUUCGUCGUUGCCUAUCAGCAUGUUCGGUAUUACCGUCAAUCGACAUCGGCCAGUAUCUUCCAGUCGACGAUCGUGCUGUACAGUGUACAAUAUGCUGCGGCGUUUGGCAUUGAUGAGAAUGCGGCCCCGGCGGAGACCUUCCACUGUUCCUGCAACCCUAGUCCAACAAUUCCAAGCGGGUCUCGUAAGCUGCAUGAUGGCAAUGCAGCAGAGACCAAUGCACAUGUGCAUACCGCUUCUGCGCUCGUCAAGGGCCUGGCAAAACUCUCUUUGUGCUUGGGCCAGAGGUUUUCGCGUCCGCGCCUGUGAGCGAGAUUUCUCGUAUUAGACCGAGGUUCGGGGCAUCGGUUGCGCUUGGAGCACGAGUUCGUUGCGCGAUGUCAUAUAGAGAUCGCCACGAUCGGAAUGCAUUAUCUCUUUACGAGUUUGGUCGUGAAGUCCAGUUAGGUUGACGCGCAUUAAUGAUUGCAUCAGGUGAAAAUGACAGGCUGAUCGCUCCUAUAAGUUACUGUCGUCCAUACGAGGGGUAG